AUGCGUUCAGAAACGCCAACACUUUUGCAAGCAAAAAGUUGGUUAAAGUCAAAACUCCAAAUUAUUAAACCACAAAUAUCUGAAGAUGUUUUAAUUUCAAUAUUAGUUUGUCUUAUUUCAGGAGACAAACAUUUAAUAUUGACUUGUGAACAAGAGAACAUUGAAGAACUUAAAACUAUGACUGAACAGGUAUUCCAUCAUGUUUUUGGAUUAACAAGCACCACUAUUAUAUGUGAUGCAUCUCAAAAUACUACAGAAUUUACAAAUGAUUUAUCAAUUACGGAAUCGAAUUUAACUGAUGAAUCACAUAAUGAUAACUCGGAACAUAUGAUUAUUGAUGUAGGAGAAUAUGGAUCUUGGAAGAACGUUCACGAACUCUUGAUAGUCCCAAAGAAACUACUUUUUCAUAUUAAUACCACCAUGAUGAUAGGAGGAGGAUCAUCACCUCGAAAAAAUAUGAUUCAUAAUUCUUCCCAUAUCAAUCAACAACCACAACCAUCACCAGUUACACCAAGUGAAUAUACAUUUUCUAAGAAGAAACAUGAAAGUACUACUACCACUAGUAAUUAUGAACUUCAUUCACCUUUUAUUUCAAAUUCACGAAAGUUGGCGAAUGCUGUUAUAAUUGAAAAUUUAUCUGAAGCGAAUGAAUGCAUUUAUGCUUUUAUUAUGGAUGAGAUGGACAGAUUUUUUAUUAAUUAUACUUAUGAAGGAGGAGGAGGAAUAGGAAAAUCACCAAUGGGUUUCAAUUUAUGUAAUCGAAAAGGUCCCAUCAUUCGUACAACGGAACUUGAUAGCUUAUCAGAAAAUAUGGAAACUGUUACAAUCCAUAAUGAUAUACAACGAUAUAUGAGAGAUAUAGUAGUGGGAUUACGAACACAUCGAUUGGUGAAAGGUGGAUUAACUGCACCUCUAGCAGCAAUAUUUGAUCGUAAUUAUGCAACUCCGGAACUUGUUUUGUUUGCCAGUGAAAAAGUAUUUUCACAUAGAUUAAUAUUAAGAGAUAUUGUUGAUGAUAAAAGUUUAAUGUACGGAACAAAAGCGAUGACUUUAAUAAGAUUAAGAAGUAACAGUAAAAUUACUAUGCCAAGUGAUGUAGUGGCUGAUGUCUUACAAGCUGUUUGGCCUCCUGUUUAA